AACUCAUGCCUCUGUUUGUUGUACGGAGGAGACCCUUUCACAGGUGCACAGUGUACACCACCAGUCCAAGAGUGGACAUUCCCCGUCUCGAGACAACAAUUAUUCCCUCAAAAUAUAACACGUAAUUAUUAAUUAAUUCCUCUGUGAAUUUCCACUGUGCAAUUUCUAGUGAAUUUCUUAUUACUAUUUUAUCUACCAGAAUUUAUCGAUUGUUAUGUCUUGUGCGAGUCUCUUCCCAUUAUAUUCACACCGGAAAUCGUGUCUUUGAGGUACUUUGUGUUAAACCGGUUCCUUUCUCAUUCUCUGUCAAAAGUUUUGGAAUAACCAUGUGAAGGAUGUUCUGAAAAAAAUUCAUGGCUUUGUGGCUGUUACGAGUGUUUAACGUGCAGUUGCGAUAAUAGUUAAUUCAUUGUGAAUGAAGAGACAAGAAUAUUCUUCAGAUGUGGCAGGAAAUGAGUGUCUGGACACGUGAAUGCUAUCCGCUGCUACGAUGCUGAAGAUAUUGGUGAUUAUUUCGUUGGUUUAUUUGAAUUCAGCGCAAUUGAUUAGGGAUACAAGAUGCUUUCUGGAGAAUGGUGCAACAUCCUCUCAUCUAUUUGUCAGCGAGGACAAGAGGGUCGGCGAUACCAUAGGCAUUUUAGGGGUCCUUGGGGAUCCCAGCAUCGACGGAGACAUCGAAUUACAUCUUCAAGAGCACGAUAGUCCAGUUACUAUAUUACCUCAUACGCGAAAUUUAACGCUUAUUAGACCACUUGAUAAGGAGGGAAUCGAUGGUCCCGCCAGUGUAUACAUUAACAUUAUAUGCGAGAGACGACACACGCUAGAUCCCGGCUUCAUGAUACCUGUAAAUAUACGAGUCACCGAUGCCAAUGAUAAUGCGCCCCAAUUCGUCAAUGCACCCUACAUACUCAACAUAUCCGAGGUCACCGUUGUUGGUACUCGUGUCCUCCAGGGAGUCAGAGCCAUCGACGCCGAUCAACCGGGACCUUACUCCACCGUUCAAUACGCUGUUCUACCUGGCCUACAUUCCGAUUACUUCGUGUUCAUAAAUGCCUUGGAGGGAACUCUGGUGCUGCGAAAACCUCUGGAUUAUGAAACACUGAAUAAUUUCUCUGUCAAUAUUCGCGCCCAGGAUCAAGGAAAUCCUCCGCAGUCAUCCAUUACGACACUCUCGGUGAAUGUAAUCGACGCAGAUGAUCAAAAUCCGGUAUUUCUGUACGACCAGUACAGCAUCAUAAUUCCGGAAACAGUUAGAAAUAGAAAGGUGUUGGUGAUUUCACCAGGGGCUAUUGAAGCGCGGGACCAAGACGCUGGGAUCAAUGCACCAAUUAAAUACACCAUUCAGGGUGGAAUUCUUCCUUUCUUGAGUCUCAAUUCGCAGACCGGUGAAAUUUCUCUCGCACGUCCUCUGAUGGACCAUGAAUUAUCGACAGCUGUUACUAUGGUUAUCAAGGCAACGCAAAUUGACAAUCCGGAUCGAUACAGUCUCGCAACUGUUAUGGUGAGUCGAGAGGAUGGACGAGAAUCAUCGCCAGGAGCAGGUGGCAAUUUGCCAGUGAAGUUCGUCCUGAAGAACUUCAUUGCGAGUGUCUCUGAGAACACUCCACCAGGUAGUAUAAUCCUCACGACAGGAGUGAACAAAAUAGACCCGAAAUUGCGAUUUCAUCUGGACGGCGCACCCGAAGAGCUGGAGAGAUUCUCCAUCACUCAUUCUGGGGAUUUACUCCUGAAGGAGCCGUUGGACUACGAGAAGAAAAUUCUCCACAGUUUCGUCAUUCACGUCUCCGACGGAACAAACAAUGACACGGCGAGGGUGAAUAUCUCAGUGCAAGACGUUAACGAGUGGGAGCCACGAUUUCGCCAUCCGCGAUACGAAUUUCAUGCACGAACUUUGAGGGUUGGUUCGAUCGUGGGUCGAUUGGAAGCCGCCGAUGGGGAUCGAGGGGAUCGAGUUUCCCUGUCCCUUCGUGGACCGGACGCUAGACUCUUUGAAAUUCGAGACAAUGGAGAGCUCAUCCUCACGUCAACGGGCCCCUUCAACGGAUCUCUGGCUAGACUCGUUGCGGUCGCCUCGGACACGGGGAAACCACCGAGAACGAGCAUGAUACCCCUGAUCGUUCACAUACCACCGAAUGCUAGAUCUCCGAUUGCAGCUAGAGCUGCUCCUGCCUGGCUCAAUGGGAGUAUUUUACUUGUUGCUGUUUUUGGAGUCGUCUUAGGACUUCUAGGAGUUGUUAUUUUAAUUCUUAUUCUUUAUAUCUACAAACAAAAGCGACCGAAAAAUUCGGGUUCAGUAAAUUCCAUUGGGACUGGAUAUCGGGGAAAAUCCCCGGUCCCCUCUGCUCUGAGUUCGAGCCCCCAAAUCCUGGGGGCAACUGCCCUCCACGAGGAGAACUCAAAAAAUUCAACGCGUAGACAACGUGGAACGAAGAAUCCGGUCUUCGGGGAGGAUAACGAGAACCCAUACAACGCAGGAAGUAUUCAAGACAAUCGACAGAUUCCGAGCUACGGCCGCCACAAAGUCGCACCAAUGCCAAUCACCCCGUCCUUAUCCGCGACAUCUAACAUCCCAAACAUUGGCGGGCUCGUCCAAAACAUGAAUGAUCUCAGUGCGAGAAUGAAUUUGGAUACGGUUUCCCAAAAUUCUUCGAAUUACUCCGGGGAUCCACCCGACUCUCUGAUCCCCGCCUGGCCCCCGGAUGACUCCAGACAUGUGAAAAAAUUAUCUUGGAAUGAUGACAGCAGAACUGGUGACAGUGUCGAUACAAUGGGUCCAGAUCAACGAACUGAAAACACUCACCCAGGACCUGACAAACUCAAUCUCACUGUCUACUUCUAGCAGUGCAAUUCAAAUAAAUACCAAUUAUUA